GUCGCGGCCACGGGAGGAAGAGGAUCAAGAUCCCUUCCCGUCACAAUGUCUCUCUCGGGAAGAACGCGGGGACAGGGCGUAUACCCGUUCGUUUGCCCGUUCUCGAGGCGAGUGCCAGCUCUCUAAACGUUUCUAAACGCGCGCGGCGUCGCGAUAUAUUUACGCGAACGGGGAGACUUCGGUGGAUCGGUGGCAACGGUCCAGCAGCCGUGUUACGGAAAUAGAAUUCGGCUGGUGGCGAUGCAACCAAGCUCUCUCCUUGCGGACGGGAGGCAGCCAGUACCGUGACGACCAGUUCUCGAGGAAAACCGGAGAAAUCGACUCCGCGAGGUCCCACAUGAAUAACCCGGGAGCUGAAAAAUGGCGUCCUAUGGCCAUCUCGAACCCAUCGACUCGGUUGCGCAUGGCAAGAUCCAUGCCCCAUUGGGUACUGGCGCAGCAACAAAAGGAGAUGGAUCAGAAGCAGCAACGCCGACCACCGACCCCACCGAAAGUGCCGCCACCGUCGCUCUCCGGAGACUGUGGUGACCCGGACUACGAGAUCAUCGAAUUUCCGACCCGACCGCAAGCGCAGAAAUCCUCUCACCAGACACCGGCCGCGAACCCGUGCAAGUGCGCCCUGUGCGGGGCCGAGAACGUGUACGCCCGUUGCGACACGUGCAACGGGAAUUACUGCGAGGCCUGCGACGACAUGAACCACAAACAUCCGAAAAGGAAGAGCCACGUGCGAAGAAGAAUCGUGAGCCACGGGAUGGCCACGAAAACACGGCCACCGUUGCCGCCAAAAGGGGAGAAUUUGUCCGGCCCGCCGCCCGUACCGCCACCUAGGCGAAACCGCAAGAACGCUCAGGCUAAAUCGACGCAAAACCAGGGAUCGACGAAUCUCUUGAUCGAGAGAGUUGGCAGUUUGAAGCGGCCACUUCCAAACACGGCCAGGCCCCUGUCAGCCACGUUAGAUACGAAAACCGUGUCGAAAUCCAUGCAAUCUAUGAAUAUCACUACUACCGAUGGACCAGGAUCGAGCACCGACAAAAUGUCCACUCUACAGGAGAGGUAUAGGAAAUACCAGGAGGCGAUGAGAGCGCAGGAUGCGAACAGGAGGAGGCACACUUCUUCCGACAUAUCGAGGGACGCGGUGAGCACAAGGCCGUUGAGCGUGGCCAGCCCGAAACUCGCACCUCCGAUACCACCACCUCCCCCGCCCAGAUCCAUGAUGCAAUCGGCCAGCGUUUGCGAUUUAUCGUCGCCUCACAUGUGGAACCCUGGAAUUCAUCAGGCUCAAUCAAUGGCCCAUCUCGGUCCUGGAGGAAUGCCAAUAAUGUGGUAUCCACCGAACCCUCAAUGGGACAUGAGCAUGGGCGGUUCGACGAUGAGCUUGAACCAUCCGGCUAUGUGGGCCUAUCCCAUGGGUUAUCCACCGUCACAGAUGCUACCGCCGCAUUAUCCGGGCACCCUGUCCAGGCCUCACAGCCCGGCAAGAAGCGUGAAAUCGAGCAGAAGGUCGAGAGCAGCCUCCCCGUCCCCUAGUCUGAAAUCUAGAAAGUCGUCGUUGGCUUCGAGGUCGAGAUCGAGAAGAUCCCAAGGCUCGCCGUCCGAUGCAAGCUCCGAGGAUUCCGGAGAGUCGGACUUCGACGACAGGCUCUCCAAGAGCUCGAGAGGAACCAGGCGUGGAAGCGUGUCCAGGAGCGCGAGGCAAAGGAGUUAUCACGAGGACGAUAGAAACUUGUUGAACAGGAAUCGUCGCGAAAGGCUAAUGUCGGAGGAAAGAGUUACCAGCGCGGAGGAUCAAUGGUCAGAGAGUCAGUCGAUUAAACGAUAUCCAAUGUCGCCUAGGGGCUACGACGAAUUCCAGAAAAACAGUCUAAAUUCGCGAAGGCGAUACGACCAAGAUGAGCGGAGGCUUUCCAGGGUGGAUUCACGAUUGGACCGCGUUCAGAAUGGCAGCUAUCGUCGAAAACGGAGCACCGACGACGACUCGUCGGACAGAAGAUCAAGCGUGCAGGCCCGAUCCAGAGUGACCAGCUCCUCCGACGAUCACUUCGAGAGAUCAGAAAUGAUGGUUCCACGACGAAGGGACGACGAAGCGAUACCUAGAAGAGCAUCCUCCGUGAGAAGGGACAUCAUAAAUUUGGACAACCUCGAAAGAUCGUCUCGUAGAGAUUCUCGAAGAUCGUCCAUCGACAGCGAUACGCAGAUGGCGAGAAAAACUCCUUCCAGAGACUCCAUCUUCCCCAAGAAGAUCCAGGGAACGGAGGGAAUCAUCGACGAUUCCGUGAGAAAUCUUCGAAGUCGCGAGUCCUCGCAAGAUCGAAACGUGGCCACGAAGCGAGAACCUCCGUCGAGAAAACAAACUUCGUCCGAGGAAAUGGAAAGAUUGAAACGAGCGUCGUCCCGUGAGAACGUCACGAGGACCCCCUCUCGAGAGGGAGUCCCCAGAAAAAUUCGUGAAAACGACGAACCACGACCCGUGAGUAGGAACCAGGAGGAGGGUCGAGAAGUCGGUCGUUCUUCCGUUGAAACGGAGAAACGAAGUGAGGAUCCUUCAAAGAGGGCGGAGAACGAACGAAUUAAACGUGUGGAAAGGACAUCGUCGAUGGGAAAAGAAGAGAAGCGUGGAACAACGACGAGCGCGGAUCAACGAAAUUCAUCCAAGGAUGCAAAUGAAAGAAACACGACGAUGGAGAUCCCUAAAGAGGAAUGGGCUUGCGAGCAUUGCACUUUUAUAAACAAUGUAAAGGAUCGGGUGUGCGUUGUUUGUUGCAAAACUAGAAGCAGCGCGUUGCCGCCUAGCACGGAAGAGAACGUGGAAGACGUUCCAAGCGAUUUGAGCGAGAUUCCCAAAAAUGAGUCGGCCAGCAACGUCAGCAAUCCGAGUCCAGAUCUCGAGAAACGGAUCAGCCUGUUAAAGAUUUCGAACAGCGAAGAGAGCGGGGACAGUGUCUCCACAAAGAGCAAAGAUAUCGCGAUGUUUGAAGAUUCGUCGAAAGUCGGCGAUAAACCAAUGGCUGAAUCUUCUUUGAAAAAUGAAUCGGCAUUGAUAACGAACGAUGCAUCGGUAACAAGCACGAAAAUAAACGAGGUGGAGCCAAUUAAACGACCCAUGCUCGGGAAAAUUCCAAAAAGCCAUUCGGUUUCCACCGGAACCUCCCCACCUCCUCAGAGCAUUUCCACUCAAACCUACGACUACCUUCCAUCGAGAGGAAGUGGCGGAUUCGUGAGAGCUGCAUCCGCUUCAAAGGGAUUAUUAUAUUAUGAGGACAGCGAUGGAGAGGAUGGCGAGCGUUUGUUUCAGGAACAAACCGGAUACGCGAACAGCCCAGAUUUGUAUCCACGAACGAUCCAGGAUCAAUCGUAUCUCCAACAGUUGAUCGGGCCUAGCAGGGAUCGUACGCGAAGAAAUUCCAUCGACUCCACCCACCUUUAUUAUCGUUCUAGGGAAUCGAGCCAACCCAGAUACCUCGAAGCUGGACCAAGUUCGCAAGGCGUUUCAACGUUAACCAGGCAAGGCCUGGAGAUCGUAGAGAUUUUAAGGGAGGCUGAGAAACAUGGUUACUCCACCGACGACGUCCAGGUGGCUUUGUCUCAAGGAGCGAGCAAUCCCAUCGACUGGUUGAAGACCCAAUGGCCGCACUUGGUGGAAACCGUGCAAGUUCUGGUUACCACUCAAGGAAGGGAGAUGAAAGAGAAUAAUAUCGGGAUGCUUUCCGGCGUGGAGGCGAAAGAGGCCUUGAGAGUUGCGAAAGGGGAUGUUUGGAAGGCUGUCGCGAUGGCCGCUCAACGUAGACAGCUAAAAUGCGAGGAAAUUAUGAAGAAAGGGAAUUUCACGAUGAUGGAAGUGGUGAAAGCGUUGGAAAAUAACGCCGGUGCCGAGGAUGCGGCUUUGUUCGAGCUGCAAAAAAAUCAGCUCAAGCCGUUCUUGAUGAGGAUCUGGGGCCCUCCGGUUGGGGUGGAAAACGACGAGGCUGCACCGCGGGAAGAUGCGGUCGGUGGUGAAACGAGCGGUUCCGAACAGGUUACCCGAGUGGGUACGGACACGGAAGCCAGGAAGCAGGUAAUGUCACCAAUCGUAGAAAAUUUCGUCGCGUUGCAGGCCGACUUUCAAAAGCAACUGGCAGCCCUCAGACAGCUAACCGAUAACUGGCAACACGAAAAAGACCCCCUGAACACGCUCGGUAAUAAGCCUGAUAAUCUGUAUCAAGUUAACAAUGACGAUCGAACAGUUCUAAUCGAUAAAAAUCUGGUCCCAAGGGACGCACAAGAUGUAGCCAACACAGUUAAAACAAUGGAGAACGAGGGAUCAAUGAUACGAGACAAUCAGGACGAAACUAAAUUAACGAUUCAAAAUACCGAUACACCGAUCGAAAAACACGAGAAAAAUAACGAUUCCGCGAUACGAAAUUUGAUUGGAGAUAAACUUGGAGUCGAAAAUUUGGAGGAGGAUACGAACGAAAAAACGAUCGAAGGCGAAAUUUCUCGCGACGAUAAAAAUAAUUCCUCGUACGAGAUCCGAGAUGCUCGUCAAAUCACCGAGACGAUGACGAUGAUUGAAAAUAUUAUUUCACCUAAUGUAACCGAAGAUAAAAGCAUUAAUUAUCCUAAUAAUAAUAAUAAUAAUAAUACGAUGAGUUUAAUUGAAAAAGAAGUUUCCAAUCAGGUGGAAAGUUCCUGGCAGAAUGAUCGAAGGGAGCAAAAAGAGAUUUCGAUCAUCGAUAGAGGCAUAAAGGGAGAAGAAUCUAAAGAGAAUAAGAAGGAAGAAAGUGUUUCGUCCCCCGGUAUCGAGAAAGAAUCAUCUUACACAGAAACGAACGAUGUAACCAGAUCGAAAGAGAAUGUAAAAGAAACGGUAAAGAUGAGUUCGAAAGUAGCCCAAGAGAAGGGCGAAGAACCGAUUGGUUCUCGCAUUAAAGAAAGCGAAACGACCUCCCGAAAGAGCUCGGAUCCCGGGCAAAGCGGCGUAGAAAUAGAUAAAGCUUCCUCGAAGAAGAACGAGCCGCCGCCAUCCCAGAAGGCUUCCUCUGAUCUUCAUCAAAGGCCGUUACAAGUAGAUAAAGAUUCCCCUUUGGUGGAAAUACCGAGUAUCCCUUUGCCGUGCAACGUAUCGGACCACGGUCUGCCGGAAAAUAUAUCCCCGAUGUUGGAAGAAUCUGCUCGAGAUCAACCGCAAAUCGAUGGAAUCGAACGGCCUGAUUUAAUAAACGAAACGGUGGAACAAGCUGGCUCGGGCCUCUCUCAGAGGGAGGCAACGAUCUCCGCGGAAUUAAUUAAGGCUGUUGAAAAUUCCUUCGAGGGGAGGAACGAGAGGAUUUCGGGGAAUAUCGAAACGGCGGGCAAAGAAACGAAUAGAUUAAAGCGUGGGGAGAAAGAUACGAAGGCAGGAUCGAGUAACGUGAUCGGGGGAUCUCGAUCGACGAUAAUUACGACAGUUGAAAAUGGUUUCGCGGAUCAAAGUUUCGAGACCGUCUUGCCGGAAGCUCGGCAGAAAGGCAAGGAGAGCCAGGUAGAGGCGUUGUUAUCCGCGAUGAGAUCGUUGCCGGAGCAAUUACUGGGUCCUUUCGUAUCGGCGAUGCAGAUGUUGUCGUCGAAGAAAUCGAGCGUGGUGGACGCCGGUGUUCUCGAUUACGAAUCGAGAAAAGAUCAAAACUCCUCGCCUCUUCCAACUUCCAUCGAUAGAGGAUCGAUCGAGGAUGAAAGUGCGCCUCGAAGCGUGGAAAAUUCGGGGAAACUCGUGACGGAAGUAGGGGAAACAACGGCGGCUGACAUCGAAAAAUUGCAAGAGAUCGAAACGGUACGUAGAAACGGGAGAAACGAUAACAACGUUAAACUGACUAACGUAGAAGGAGUGGGGAUGGAGGUAGAAUUUAACAGGAAUCGGAUCCCAGAAGAAGAGAAAUUGUUGGCGAACGAAAGGAGAACGGAAACAUCGAUAGAACACGUAAGUUCUCAGAAACGUUCCCCGGAAAUUGCGGUUGACGAUACUAACACAAGUGAAAAAGCAUCUAAUUCUGAACACAUUCAACGCUCGAUGAACGAAGUUUCGAGCAUCGAUUCGAGGGCAUCGUCAUUAGAUAUCGAGAAUUCAUCUCAUAAAUAUCAUAUCUCGGAUUCUGAAAUUCAUACGCGGAACGAUCCGUCCACGAUUGGCGGCGAGCGAUCGUCGUCGAAGAAAACGGAUAACUCGAACGAGACGAGGCUUAACAAUGCAUCUUUGAAAAACGAAUCACUCACCACCGAUAGUCCGAUAAGACCGAACGAGGCCAUUGGCGCGCAAUCAUUAUCGAGCGAGACGUCAUCCUCGUUCGUACGUGACUCGGGGACGUCUGUCAGUGAAUCAUCCGACAUGCAAAUGAGCUCGACCACUAUUGGGGUUCGAGCUGGCGAUGAUAACCGUGUGAAAUUAAUUGAUGCCAGUUUAGUGGCUGACAAUCGACCCUCUGCGGAGAGUGAGACCAUUUUGGGGCGUAAAUCGCUUGAUAAUAAUCAUACUAAUUCGACUCGAACGGAUGCGUCUCCCAAAGUUUCCACCCUCGAAGAAAAUCCUAAUUUAGUGGAUAGUAGAGUCUCGGUUGGCCCAGCUUUGAAAAAUUCUCCAAUUGAUCCGCAGAAAAUUUCCGAGGAGCCGGAUAAUUUAAUUAAAAAUGUUUCUCAAGAUUGUGGAAAUAUCAGACGCGAGAUUUUGAAAGAGGUCGCUCGAAAAGAGACAGACGAGGGACCUAGAUCUGUUAGUCCAGAUUCUUCAAAAGAUCUUGAAAUAGCUCAGGAAAUUUCUGUAGAUUCUAAGAUCGUUGUAACUCCUAUAAAUUCCAAAGUUGAUGGAAUCCGUCCAGAUACCGAAUCCUCCGCUCCCAAUAUUUCAACGGAUUCUAAUAUUGUUACGCGCGAAGAAUCGGAAAAUUUGGAAAUUUCUAUUCAACCAGUUCCUGACAAUUCAAAGAUUACGUCUAAUAUUCCUUUAGAUUCUAAAACUACAAUCUCUGAAAUUAUUUCCACUGAAAUAUCCGCGGAUUCUAAAAUUGUUGUUGAAGAAAUUUCCAAAACUCUUACACGCGAGAUUCCUUCAGAUUCUGAUUCUAUUCCCAAAGAUUCAAAAAUUACAAUCUCUGAAAUUUCGAGAGAUUCUAGAUCUAUUCCAAACGAGGUACUUGAAGAUUCAAAAAUUCUUUAUUCCGAAGAUUCUUCAGAUUUAAAGAUAGCUAUUCCUGAAAAGAAUUCUGAUAUUUCGAAAAAUCUUGAAGUUUCUGUAACUUCGAAUGAUUCCAAAUCUUUCCCGGAUAAAAUAUCCCAAGAUUUAAAAAUCUAUACUCAAGAAGAUUCUUCAGAUUUAAAAUUAACGAUCGUUGAAAAAAAUCCUGAUAUUUGCACAGAUUCUAACAUAUCAAAUGAUUCUAAAUCUGUACCAAACGAAGUACCUAAAGAUUCCAAAAUUGUUAUUCAACAAGUUUCGAAAGAUUGUCAAAUUCCUAUUCACAAAUCUUCUCCAGAUUUAAACAUUGUCCCCGAAGAAAAUUCCAAAACUACUUUACCUGCUACUUUCGAGGAAUCUCACAAACCAUCCCAAGAGUGCAAAACUCCAGAGAUCCUUAACAAGCCCACAACGAUCGUCCACGAAACUUCUGAAAACGCGUUGCAUGUAUCUGAAAAAGUGGAGCAGCCUAUCUCCGUCGCAUGCCACGUCCCCAACGACAAAAUCGAUACCCCACCGCUAACUUGUGCAAGUAAGUCUGUCGAUUCUAAAGAGAAAACUUCCAAGCAAAUUAACAUUCGAUCAAAACCAGAACCAGAAGAUAACAUUGCGUCUCCCUUGAAAAUAAACGAUAUAGAAAAAGAUACCUCUCUUCUCCUUCCAGAAACAAAAACUGACACAGAAAUCCAGGAUAAUUCGAAUAAAUCAAUAAAAAGAAUCGAUGUUUCGAAGUUGGAGAAAAAUAAUUCUAGAGAGAUUCGAUCCCCCUCGACAUCUGGCAAAGUCGACGCGAGCGAACCUUUUGAACCCAUCGCGAAUACCGAAUCGACGAUUACAACUAUCUCAAGUGACCCUUCUAUUUCCUCGUCGAGCCCGCUUACUUUGUACGGAUCGGUCGUUAACGAGCCAAAUUCCACGGAUACCGGCAACAUACCGGGCCGGUUCGUCGCUCCUAAUAACGUGCCCGAUAUCUCGCAUAACGCGUCAAACUCGAGCGGUGUCGAGUCGAAUCUGAACGAAACUUAUUUCGCCGGCAACGUGCCCGGAACCCUUAACGAAUCUCCCCGCGACGAUGAUAAAAGUACGGAAAAAGAUUCGAACAAUAACGCGGCCCGUUUAUAUCCCCCAACUUGGAACGAAAUUGGUGGAAACGGGAUCGAAAUGAAACGGAAGGAGAAUCCUGGAAUGUACGCCGGCUCGGAUACUUCCACGAUCCGCGAAGAUUCGUCGGGUAUCGAUUCCAGUCGAGGAAUUGUUGCGUGCUCGAACGUAAAUGACGCGCACACAGGAGCGGCCGACGUUAUAGAGAUCAAAAUAAGCGAAUACCCUAUGAUAGCGGUGAACGAUUGCGCGCCGAUAAAAGUGGUAGAAAGUCGAUCGGAAGGGGAGUCGAUCAAGGGAUCGAGGAAAUUGCGAACGGAAAGCGAGACACGCGAGAUCGUGACGAUUUCGGGUGAAAGCGCGGUGGUCGUCGAAAAUAAUGAAACGGAUGCAAAUGAAGUUGAUAAAGCGGUUACCUCGAGAGGCACGGUGAAGGAGAGAUCCAAGUCCCCUGCGAAAAAGAUCGGCAGAAGGAGGUCUCCAGUGAAAGUGGUGAAAAAACCUACCGGAAUACCGAGAAGAAAUUUUGGAAAAGUGAGCCCGAAAGGCGCGACUAUGGCAAAGGCGAAGGAAACCGCGGCCGAGAUAACUCGAAGAUCGACACCGUCCAAUCAAAAAUUGCCGAGAAAAAGUCCUCCGAAAAUAAUUACUCCGAGGAUCGCGAAAAAUAUUUCCUCGAACGAGGUAAAAACGAGCAAAACGGGAUCAUUGAUCACAUCACCCAAGAAAAAGGAAAUUCUGAAGAGUGUUAAACCUCCAACGGAGAAGGUGGCGACGGAAAAGAGGUCGACAAUUAUGAAUACUUUAUCGAAAGGUUGCGAACAAAUUAAGAGAUCGAUCAUUUCGCCCGCGAAAUUAGACAAAAGUAACGAAGUGGCGGGUGAGAAAAAUGUAAAAGGGAAGAACACGUUGAAAUGUUCCUUCCUCUCGAGGAUUCCCGUGUUCACGGCAAGCCGUCGACUUCCGCGACAGACUGGUGAAACUUCGUGGCAAUCUUGGAGAACGGUAUCCGGUGACGGGUUAAAUAGAGCUUCGACGAAACCAUCGAUUACCCAACAAGCAUGGAGAAAAAGUAGUUCGGCUGGAAAUUCUUCCAAGAUUGGAGCCGGGCAAAAAAUGGAUUCCGAUAAAGUCGAGGGAAAUUUAAAUGGCGGAAAGACGGUGGCCGUAAAAACUGAAGCAGCUCGGACGAGAACUUCCGGGGAUGAGAAAGGCACGGGAGAAAAAACGAAAGCCGCGAUAAUAUCGGAGAAAAAUGACAAGGAGGUGGUCGUGAUCGAGUCUGCUACGAAGGGAGAUCCGAUGGUAUCCGAGGAAGUCGAUUUAAAUGAUACGACUUCGAGCGAAGAAUACGAGCUGGAAGAAGUUUCAGAUAACGAAACUUCCGCCUCAGACUUGGUCGACAGCAUCGAUGAAUCGGAAUGCAUAUCGGAAAAAGAGCAGUCGGAUCGUACGUUGGACAGUGCGGAGGAAUUGACCGAUGCCGAAAUUAUGCUACAAGAAACGAUUAACGCGAUAAAGGCGAAAAUAUCCGAUUCCGAAUUCGACGAUUCUGAAAAUGAAUACAUCACUGAUAACGAGAGCCAAGAGGAUUCUAACGAAUAUCGCGUGAGAGAUUGUUCCUCCGAAGAAGAGGAGGAACAAUUGGAGAUAGAUAAAAAAAUUGAUGAUGAAAUAUCGGAUGAUGCAUCGUCCGAGGAAGAUGAUACUUUGAGAGAUGAUAACGUUGAUCAGAAGAAUCAAGUAUUGCAAAGAACGAAUAAAUUACACGAUGAUACCAAAAAUGUAUCUAAAAAAGAUAUUAUUUCUAAAACUUGUUCCACUAAAAAAUCUGCUGUAUUUGUAAAGAAAAACACAAAUAUCGUCAAAGAUAAGUCUGUUAAAUUAAGCGAGAAACUUGAAAUAAACAAGCCUGGUAAAAACGAGGAAAACAAGACAGAUCUUAAGACGGAAAUCGUAAAAGUGAAACGGUCGAACGAUAAACGCACGAAAGUGAAUCGAAGAGCGAGCACAGGUAGAGGGGUGGAUCAGGGUGGAACGUUAAAGAAACGAUUCUCUUUGGUGGCCAGUUGUAUCCGUCGAUUCGAGGGCGAAGAGAAAACGGAACGAGAAUACGUGGAAAGUAGGAGCGGCAACGCAAAGACAGGCGGAUCUCCCAAAACGGAGAGGGAGAGAAUUGCUCGUCGCCUCUUAGCGGAAGGUAAAGCGUCGAAUUACGAUGAAGCGGAAGUAGCCGCCAGUUUGCUGGCUCUAAAGUUCGGAGACGUUGAGGCUCUCCAAGCGGCCAAAGAGUGUUCUAGCAUAGAAUCAGCAUUAGCAUUCUUACAACAGGAAUGUGAACUUUGCACGGGUCGUUUUGCGAUGAGUCAGAUAGUGUCCAUGUUAAAAUGCAUUCACCGUUGUUGCAACGAGUGUGCAAAAAAUUACUUCACCAUCCAGAUCAGUGACAGAAACAUAACGGAUGCAGUUUGUCCAUUCUGUAAAGAGCCAAAUCUUAAAGAUGCGAAUGAAGACGAAGUUCUCGAAUAUUUUAGUAACUUGGAUAUACAAUUGAAAACCCUUCUAGAUCCUCCGAUUCACGAACUCUUUCAAAGAAAGCUGAGAGAUAGAACAUUAAUGCAAGAUCCGAAUUUUAAAUGGUGCAUUCAGUGUUCAAGCGGAUUUUAUGCAGAUCCAGAUCAAAAGAGAUUAAUAUGUCCCGACUGUCGAUCAGUCACGUGUGCCCAAUGUCGAAGGCCAUGGGAGAAACAGCACGAAGGAAUUACGUGCGAGCAAUUUGCUGCUUGGAAAGACGAGAAUGACCCGGAUAAUCAAGCCGCUGGCUUAGCCAAGCACCUCGCGGAUAAUGGGAUAGAUUGUCCUAAAUGCAAAUUUCGUUACUCCUUGUCUCGAGGAGGUUGUAUGCAUUUCACGUGCAGUCAAUGCAAGUACGAGUUUUGCUGCGGUUGUGGCAAAGCGUUCAUGAUGGGAGCAAAAUGCUCGGUAAGCCCGUAUUGCGCAAAGCUGGGCCUUCACGCUCAUCAUCCACGGAACUGUCUGUUCUAUCUUCGCGAUAAGGAGCCCGGCCAAUUACAACAGCUGUUACGAGAUAAUGGAAUCGAGUACGACACAGAGGGUCCGGCUGGCGAGCGCAAGUGCAAAGUGCAAUUGCAAAAAGAAACUCCUACUGGUGUUGUAGACGCGGUAUGCAAUUCAGAUGUUGUCGAGGGACACGCUGGUUUGUGCAGGAACCACUAUAUCGAAUACCUAGUUCGAAAGAUCCGGAUGAUUCAACUGGAACCGCUUCCGUUAUUAAACAUAGAUGAUCUCGAGACAUGCGUGAAACGUGCGGGGAUCAAGUUACCCCCGAAUUGGCAGCACUACAUAGAGUACUUGGCGGGUCUGGUACUGAAGGGCAAGCUGGAUCCCGUGGCGAUCUUUGACUUGAACGAUGCCAAGCAAGAGCUGCGCCGUCGGGGAAAAGUUCCCCCUGCGAAGGACCAGGAAAUGUCCGAGCGGGAUUAUCUCGAGGCGUGCAUUCAGAUCGUGCGCAAGGAAAUUCCAUUGGAGUGAUAGAAGGGGAAUAAUUAAUGCGCGAUUUUACGUAACUCACGCUUUUUAUGCAUCAUGUAUAGUGUAUUUAUUUCAUCAUAUGAACAGCAAUGUAGAGAACAAUUUACAAUUAAAAUAAAGAUUGAAAA